CGCCAGCAAAACCGCACUGGCCCUGGGGACUGACGUCAACGAAGGGGGCGCCUCGGGCGCCGCGCGAGGGCGGUGAGGGCAGUGGGCAGGGCCCGGGCAGACACGCCCCCUCACCGCCGCUCCGCCGCCGAUUAGGUUCGAGGAAGCUUCGCACUCGGCUUUCGAGGCCAGCGGAGGCAGGGGGCGGGGGUAGACACGCCCCCUCCCUGUCUCCCGCCGAUGAUUGCCGCACGGAACUCCGCCUUGGGUUUGGAGGGCUCGCCUGGGAGCUCACACCCGGCUCGGGCCCAGGAUUGGCUGUUCCGGGGCUAGCGAGCGCUUUCUCCUGGGAACCGCGGCUGUGACCCAAGUGGCCCGGACCAGUUUGGGGCUGCGUGCGGCCUGCCUCGAGCAACCGGGUACGUAGGUCGGCAGCCCAGCUCGGCGCUGCGGUGGGAGCCGGAGGGCGACAAUCAGAGCCGGGGUGCCAGCGGGACGCGACCGCCAGAUCCACUUAGGGCCCCGUCGUUCUGCGAAGCGGCCACGUCUGAGCCCUGGGGCCUCCUCGUGCUGCAGAUGUCGCCUUAGGACCUCGGCCAGGAUACCCUGUGCCAUGCUCUUGUGCUGCCCGUGAUCACCGACUGGCCCUUGUAAGCAAGCACCUUCGCAGCAGGAAGCCCAGAGCUGCGCCCGCCCUUUCUGAAGGCUGUGGAAGAGGUUGGAGUGGGCACAUCUUAGCUUGCUCCAUCCCCAUUUGAGGUCUGUUGGAGCUGCCCUUCAGCGUGUAGAGACUGGGUUUCACCGUGUUAGCCAGGAUGGUCUUGAUCUCCUGACCUCGUGAUCCGCCUGCCUCGGCCUGAGGCUUGAGCCACCGCGCCCGGCCUCCUAGAAUUGUUUUGAGGAUUAAAGGAUAUCAUACAUAUUGCCUGAUCCAGAAUUCCUCAUCUGUGAAAUUGAAGAAGAUAAAAAUACCUACCUAACAGGGCUGUUGUGCUUGUUACAUCUCCUUGAUACUAUGUGAAGCAAGCUCUUACACGUGAAGCAAGUACUCAACACAGUUGAGCUGCUACUGGGCAUCCUGGUGUCUGCACUGCUGGCUCUGCAUGUGCACGUGGCUUUAUGACAGUGGCAAGUCAUUUAACCCCUCUGAGUUGCACUUCUUCAUCGCUAAAAUGAGGAUAAACAAUAAUUCUUACCUCACGGGUUGCUGUGAAUCCUAAAUGAGAUAAUAUGGGGGUCUGACACAUAAGUGCUUAAGUGAUUUUAAGGCAAGAGACUUCCUCCAGUUUACCUGCUGGAGAAUGGAAACAUCAGAAGUCCUAGGAUUAGCCAGGACCCCCAGGUCUGGGAAGGACCAGCUGAGUUGCUGAUGUCUCCAUGCUUUGCAUCCUCAGAGCAUCCACAAUGGGUACCCCAGCCUCGGUGGUCAGUGAGCCACCCCCUUGGCAGGCCCCGACUGAGGCCCGGGGCCGCAAGCAGGCCUCAGCCAACAUCUUCCAGGACACCGAGCUGCUGCAGAUCCAAGGCCUGUUUCAACGCAGCGGGGACCAGCUGGCCGAGGAACGGGCACAGAUCAUCUGGGAAUGUGCAGGGGACCACCGUGUGGCUGAGGCCCUCAAGAGGCUGCGUAGGAAGAGGCCCCCAAGGCAGAAACCCCUGGGCCACUCGCUACACCACUGCAGCCGCCUCAGAAUCCUGGAGCCCCACUCUCCACUGGCCGACCCACAGAAUGCCACGGAGACAGCCUCCAAUGAGCAAUAUCUGCACUCUAGGAGGAAAAGUGCCAGGAUCCGCCGGAACUGGAGGAAGCCAGGCCCCACAAGCUACCUCCACCAGAUCAGACACUGAUCCAGGGAAAGAGCCAGGAAUGGCAGUGUCUUCCCUCUUGCCAAAGGGCCUGGAGAGGCGAAGAAGGAAGAGAGACUUUAGGCAAGCAGCCCAAAGGGGUAAAUGAAAGCAAGAGGCCGCUGCUACUGGCCUGCUCCAUUCAGAACAAGACUGGAUGCUUCAGCUGAGUUCUCCAUUAUUUGGGACCCAUUCCUCACCAAAAUGAGGAGAGACAGUGACUGUUCCUGCCACAGUCCUUCCCAAUCUAACACUAUUCCUGGGCUGCAUGAUAUUCCCCUGAGAGCUAAGCGACAGGCACUCAGAUGCAGCAUUUCACCACUCAUGCUACUAAUCUACCUGCUACUACUGUAAACCAUGGUUCCGGCAGCCUGUUCCACACCCCGCACCAUCAGGAUAGCACAGGGAAACUGGUUUAAGUGGCAAAUAAAAACAUUUGCAUCAA